UAAAUAGAAUUGAAUACUUUAAAAUUUUGAAAGUUAGAAGUUAAUAUUUAUGUUGCAAAGAGCAUUCUUUCUAUGUUCCGCGCUUCUAUGAUGUUGUUACCGGUUUUGAAUAUAAUGCCACGAAGAGAAUGUAAAAAUUUAAAUGCGACCGCGUGGAAAAAGAAAAUGUACGUUUUUAAAGCGAUGCUAUAAGUACCUGGUAUCAUGGAAAUUGGAGUGCAAUUUCAAGACUCCAAAAUGUGGCAACGGCCCUGAGCUAGAUACACGCCUGUGAUUACGAAUGAUGCGGCUCUUUAUUUCCACUCUACUAUGUUGCAUCGAAAACGACAUGUUUCCCAUCUUAUUGCAUACCCAUGUCACGUACAUGCGAGUUAUAAUGAGCGUUAAAGCACUCACUCAAUAAUUUUUUAGCGUCUUAAAUUAAACGUCUUCAAAAUUACUUAACCAUUUCCAAGAAAAAUCUGAAACAUUGUAACACAAUGCAUUUUCAAAUUCAAAAAGCUAAAAGUUCAAUGACGGUGUGAAAUUUUAAAGGAUGGUAUUCAAAAAGUAGUAUCAGGGUUUUAAAUUUACUCUUACAAUUUCAAUCCUCUUUUAAAACCACCUCAUACAGAGAUACCACUCAGACAACCCCGCAAUUACUAUCUCCUAAUUCUUAUUUAAUCUUCCAUAUCUUGAAAAUCUUGGAUGCGAACAUUUCUUCAUUCCCUUGGUCAGUACAAAGAGAAGUAUCAAAUAUUUGUUAAGGUGCAAUGUAAGAGAUAGAGAGAUGAAUUUGAGAGGGAGAUCGUGUUCCAUGUUGCAACAUGCCUGAUCAUAAUCUUCCGAUCUUUAGUUAUCGAUGGAUCGUCGUUAUACAACCACGCGAACGUAAUUUUCUCCCUAUGGAGGCUGCGAAGCAAUCUCGUUCCCAUCGCUACGCACCACGCGAAACAGACUAUUCCAGGACACUCGACCGAGGUGGCUAAUAGGCAUUCGUGAUUUCGCGUGCUUAGAUUUUUAAGGGCAGGUGAUCUGGCCACCAACUGUCCCCUUCAAGGCAAAGAUCGUACCACAUCCAUUUUCUCUUCUCCAAAGGGUGAAAGAGAGACGAAGGCUAACAGUGCCCUGAUGCCGAUGGUGUUGCAUUCGACUCGAUUCUGACCAGCAAAGUAGGCGGUGCCCCGAAAUUUCGCAUUGACUUUCUAUGAGCUACGUAUACCCGGUGGCAUUCAUAAAUCGUUCAGGAUAGGCGGGAAACAUGGUUGAUACAGUCGACGUUUCGAACACUUGCAUCUUUCCAUAUGUAUAGAUUUAAGUAAAUUUUAUUUCAUCAACCAAGUUAUCAGUCGCUAUACGUGAAUGUACCAUAGUUAAAAAAAAGUAAUCAAGUAAUCACGCCCAAACGCAAAAUAGAAUGAAUUCUCCGCGGAAUAAACUAAGAAGUCAAGUAUGAAUCAAUCGCAAAGAAUCACCUGGUAUCACCAAUUUAUUUGUCGUUAGGAAAUCGCGAGUAGAAACAGGCAAUCGCGUCCAGUUUCCAUAUAAACGUGUCGUCAAGCUCGCAGGAUGCUUCUUCUUGCCCCAGUUAAUUGAAGGAAGGCACAGUACGCACGGCAUUCCUCGCCCCGUCAUCCAAGGGCGCAAAUUGUCGCGUCAUGUCGAUCGAUUCAGGACGACUUUUUGCGGAAUUCGCGACGCGGAUUUGUCCGCGAAAUAUCAUCGAGCGGACGUUGUUGUCCGCAUAACUAUGCCGUCCACAAAGUGUUCGGUUCCCCUUUUGCUUUCUUCUGCGAUCAUUACGUGUCACGGGUACAUCGUACUCGAAACAGGUACGAUCGAAACAAAUGGAAGGAUAUCGUCGAUUAUCUUCUUCGGUGAUUCUCAUUCUUCUUUCGAUCCUUUUUCGUACUUAACGCAUUAUCAAUCGGUACGUGGAGUGGAUAAAUACUAUACUACUCUCCCCAGUUAAAAUGCUUUAUACAUCAUUCUUUUAUUUUUAAAAUGUUUCGAAAUAUUUGGGAUUCAUUUCAUUUUACUUUUGUUUUUUUCUAACACAUUUUAAAAUGCAGUACAAAAUUCCAAUAAAUAUCUAAAUAAGUAUCUAUUAAUUACAUAUGCAAAUUAGACGCCACUCCAUUUUCUUCUUCUUUUAUACCGGAAAUACGUCGUCCUUUACGUCAUUUAUCUGUCCACGUCCUUCAGGUCGGCCUGAUUUUCGACAAACGUUCAGAUCUUCCAGUGGCCAGAUCUGUGGAAUAAAAGCAGGGUCCCAAGAGUUAUUACGUGUGACGUGCGUGGACUAUGGUUAUCUCGAAAAAUCGCCCAUCAACUUUGUCUGCUUUGUGGCUUCUUUUAAACGUCGGGUUCGGCAUGCUUAUUAAAACCAACGAGCAUGGGUCAGCAGCUUUAGUGUGGGCGUUUGGAACAUUGCGACAGCCGAAUUCUCGGAAAUGAUGCACUAUUUGGUUUUUCGAUUUUUUCAUCUUCAAUUCUAUUUUUUUCCAUCGAAAAAAAUUUUCUCUUUUUUUCAUAUUUCGAAUUUCUAACGAUAAGAGUCGAAUAUGAUAUCGCCACCCUUUCAUGGACUUUGAAAGUACAUGCGCGAACAGAUUUCUGAGUCAAUGUGCCAGCAGUAGGUGGUGCAGCAGGCGAGAACGAUGGAGAAGAUCGGUUCUCGAUCCUUGCAGAAGGAGGCACGUGUGUGACCGUAUCAUUAGGACCACCCUUCGUGACCCUGGCGAGCAUUUUUCGACGGCGUAAUGACACUUCGUGCGCGAACCAUUUAGGCGGAUCCGCGGUAAAAUUAUUACGGCCCCGAGAUACCGACCACGAAGACCCUUCAACGACAAGGAGAACAGGCGCAACCUUCGAAAUUGCACGCUCUAAACACAAAAAGGAUUGCGCUACCUGGACUGUUUGAUUCCGCCUGUAAGCGAUGUAAAUUCGCGAUCAACAAUCGUGUCUCAUUUUUUAUGCUGAUGCACAAUCACUUUGGUUCUUUAAAUCCUUUUACCUCUUCUGUUCUUUCUUUGAAAACGUUUCGCAAUGAACAGAAGGAACGUGCCAAUAAUGGAUGAACGAUUGAGACUUGUGGAAAAAAUUGAUUUCAAAAAUGUUUUCAUUAUAUAGAUUUCUCUCUUUCUGUCAUUCUACAGAGUUAUAAAUAAAUUUUCGAUAUGCGUUCACCAAUCUUAAUCGUUAACUUUAAGUGGAUAAAAUUAAUAUUAAAGACCAUUCAGACAAUCAUCGACCACUUCCUUUCUACGCACUUUUAACUUUCUACAGUGAUUAAGGAGACACGAAAAUUAAUCACCAUCGCAUUUUCAUGUACGAAAACGGAGUCCAAUUAAAAGAAUCACUGAGCUCGUUCACCACUGAUCGACAACAGCUGUCCACCGCUGAAUUACCUGCGACCUAUUAACAAGUUUGAAAAUACACAUAAGUACACAGUUCGAGCAAGCUGGCAACAGGAAAGUCGCGGCAAUAAGCAUGCAAAGUAUCGAUACACCUCGUGUUGCAAACUCGAAAAUCACAUGGUUCCCCCAUAGGAAGGGCGCACUUUCGCUUCGACUGUUGUACACGAGAGUGACACCUGUACACGAAAUAAUAAGCGCAAACAGCUGUGAAGUAUACUUCACUGUGAUUGCGGCUCAAUUGGACUAAUCUGCUUUCAACAUUAAAAAAAAAGAAGAUUUAAAAAAAUGAUCUCCAAUUCUGCAAUAGCCUAAGGAAUUUUGUAAUUCCUCCUCGAAAAUUCACAAGUUACGACACAAAGGUGUCAUACGAACGUGUAAAUCGAGAUACAGCUCGUAUAAACGUUCAAUUUCCAAACACCUGUGGUUUAAUAACUGUAUCUUUCAACAGACGCCUAUACUUAGGGACAAAACGAUUGAAUGUGUAGAAAGUUUCAAAGAAUGAUUGAAUCUCUCGUCAAAUACAUACAGCUUGAUAAUUGUAGUGGGAUAUCCAAGGAUAAUUGUGGUACGAUGCCUAAUUUUACAAAACUUGUAUUAGGGUAGUGGAUUAAUGGGUUAGAUUUCACGCGUGUGGUCCACGUUUUAUCUUAUGUCUUACAUAUACGUUGGAUACACAGGCGCCUGUGAUAUAGCAACCCAAAAUACAUCGUUAAGCGAUCUACAAUCAACGUAAUUACGAAAUUUAUUAAAUCACAUCACUUUGUGAUUUUAUUUUUCUGUCAAAAUAUUUUCCAUCGAAAUGACUUCAUUUUUUUUUAGUUCACAAUUUUACGGUUACAAAUGUUGUUUCUUUCGAAAUCCUACGAUAGUAAAAUAAUCAUAACAGAAAUUGUUCUGUGUGCAAACACAUUUCAAGGCAUUUUCUAUAGUCAGGGUUAGUUGACAACUUACAAAGUUAUCAUCUAUUCACACAUUAGGGUGGCCACCCUCUUUGUAGGAUGAGACCCUUGGACCCCUUGUCGUCCAUGAAUACACUCGACUUUAGGGUCAUGUUCAUUUCACUGUCACGAUUAUUCAUUCGAUGUCAUUGAAUCUUGAUAAAUACGUGAUAGUAUCUCUGACAGUUUUUAACCUCGUGUGUUUCAUACAAAUUAUAUAUUUGGGGAUGGAUGAAAUAAUGGAAAUGCUUCGUACAUUGUAAUUCAGCAGUUUAAGGUAAAAUAGCUUUAAAAAAUGCUACAUCAACAUUUUUUACAAUUGUAUCAACCAAAUUCUUUCUAAUUUCAAAAAAUUACUCUUACAAGUUAGAGUUCAUGAAAGAAAGGGGAAAUAAAAAAGUUUAAAUCGUGUUUGAAAAUCUUCAUAGUGAUCUUGAUUAGAACUAGAUCACCAGUAACUCUUCGUGUCUGUCAUCGUUUCAUUAAGGGGUUAUAAGCUCCUGAGGUGUAUCGUGUAUCGCGUGGCACGUGGAUCCAGGAUUAACAGGACUUACCAUUGGAUUACCAGUGCAUUCUGCUGCUACCAGAUAACACUGUGUAAGUUGUCAACCGUUCACACCAGUUUUCGUGAGCGUGAUCGUCCCUCUCUCCAUUCGAAUAAUUGAACUCCUACGUCCUAUUUCAUUCACCAGUCGAUCCGGAAGAUCGCAGAUAACUGACGGUUCGUAAUUGGAUGAUUUUCAUGGGGAACGGUUCUGGGCUGAAAGUAAACGAUAAAACCGCGGGUAAUGGACGUCGAUUCUCGUGAUUUUCAUUCUCUUUCCAUACACGUCCCCUAUGGUAAUGUUUGACGUAGGAGAUGAAAGGUCUAUGUCUGAUUUUUUAAUAGUAACAACGAAAAUGGAUGUGAUUAUUAAGAUUAAGAAUAAUCAAUUUUCAAAUUUGAGCUUUCAGCUACAUUAUAUUAUCAUUGUAUAAAAUUUAAAACGUUAGUUACUGAUUACCCCUAAGGAUGAUAUUUAAAUUUCCAUAGGAGAUCAAUUUAACGUGUAAUUCAAAAUUUAAUAAUGAUUGAAUUGUCGAAUGACCGUAGGUAUCCAAUAAAAAACACCGAUUAUUAUUGUUGAAUAAAAUACGAGUCCGUGUAUGUUUGCGUGUUGGUCCGGGUGGAGCGUUUUAAGUGUCCAAUUAAAGGGUCGGCUUUCCUUUCCGUGCUUUAAUUGGACGGUUUUCGCAUCGCUGGAUGUUUCCGGUACAAAAUUGCAGUUUAGCAAAACGCGUUACGCCGUGCUGGAAUGACCGACAUUCAUCAUCCCUGCGAUAAAAGUAGCUUAAUUGAAGCUGAGCAAAGUGGCUUGAACAGGACGGUGUAAAAGUUGACGUUGAAUCGUAUCGUUUAACCAUCGUAAUAUCUCUUAUUUCCGUUUUGAGCAUUAAAUCCUCUUUUUUUUUUCAAUUUUUAUUUUAGUAUAUGACCGCAGUACGGAGUAUUAAAUGCACUUCAUUCGGUUCAGUAGGAAAAUCUACUCACGAUCAGUCGAAGAUUAUUAUAUAAAAUUGAUAGACGCAUUAGCAACACCAUACAUCCAUUAGAAAUAUUAUAUUAAUAUUAAUACUUUUUUUUAAAUAUAGCAAAUUUUGUUGCUGUACAAAUCGCAACUUCGGUAAUUUUUAAAUAUCAAAUAUUCUGCACAUUCAGAAUAUUUUUAAUAUAAUCGAAAGUAGACAAGAAUUCUUGAGUGUCUUGCGUGUAACUCGCGGAUUCUCGCACUUCGGCCAAGAGGCGAAAAAAAGCACAUGAACGCGCGUCGAGAUGGGGCAAUCAAAAGGCGGCAAUCCUUUCGUAUCCUAAUUGGACGAUUUUCGCGAGAUUUUGCCCCCGCACAGCUGGCGUUUCUAAUAUAGAAUCAAUGUGCAUUCUUUGACAAUACGAAUCAUUUUUAUCAAUCCCUUUGUAAGACGAAAAAAAGGGCCAAGACAAGAUUAUGUGUUUUCUUUCCUUUCGUUGAAAGUAUUCAGCCAUGGCACCGUGAACGAGCUCGAACAAUUUUAAUUCCUCAAUCGUGGCCCGCUGCUCCAGAAGGAAACGUUGCUCUGAAUCUUUAGCAAAGAAGAAAAGAAAGAGACGAGGGAAGAAACAAGGAGAGACUCGUCGCGGCCCACAAAUAAUUGGGCAAAACUGUUUCUGGCGAAUAAUUACUCGAAUGAUUGAAGGCACAACCCCUAUCCUUCUUGCGCGACGAUCUUUGCCUUUUAAUGAAAGGGAAAGGAAAUCCAAGAAAUAAACGAAAACAAAAAGGCCGUUGUACUUUGUGGUUUGUAGUCUAGCGAUAGCCUCGAAUCCUGAUGAAACUUUAUUCUCUUGUUUAUGUUAUUUAAAGAAAGAGGAAACGUUACAACAGUAACAAAAUUGAGAGAAGUCAAAUCUUUAAACAAGUUUAUUAAAAAUUUAUUUAGUUUCUAUUGAAAGAAAUAAUGAAAGCAGUUAUGAAAGGAUAUAAAAUUUAGUUGUUCUUCUAUAAUGUCAAUACGUGUUCAAUGAGUAUCGUGAAGUAUUACCAAUGACCGCAGCUACGAAUUUAAUAAUAUUUUUUUACCGUAUAUUUAGAACUUUGAUUUUCGUGCAAUUAGCUCAAAUCUGUCGCUAGCCACAGUUUCAGCGUUGUUCUUUCAGUCGUAAGGAACGCUCGAAUUUUUUGCCCGCAAAAGGACGAAUCGGUGGUCCUUCCAAUCGAGUUGGCCAACGGAUUUAAUUGAUAUUACCCCGAGCCGUUGACUUUUAAUUCGUAAUAAAUUUCGAUCAUGCGCCACGAGAUUUAUGAAGUUACAUCGACCGACCGACUGUCCAUCUUUCUAGCUCCGCGUGCCAUCAAAAUUCGUCCUCACGACCACUUUGCCGACUUUAUGGCAACUGUCACUCGGGCCCGAUUUACGAUGGGUCGUGGGUGAUACAUUGGAUGGUCUAAAUUUGGCGCUGCUUCUCGAACGUGUUCCUAAAAAACGUAAUGACUUUCAUUGGAUUGGAUAGGAUUUAGCUUGGUCCGGAAUUGUAAUUAUCACGGUAUUGAUAAGUAACGAGAUUUUUUAUUUGUGAAUGUGGCCGUUGGGCAAAAUGUUAUUCACCCUUUUAUUAGAGCAAGUUUUGUUUGUGGACUCAGAGGAUUUUUGCUGGAUAAAAUUUGAUUAACCAUUCGAGAUCGAUUAUUAAUAAAGAAAAUUGAAAAUGAAGAAAUUCGAACGAAACUAAAACAGAUCUCUUGAGAAAUGGUUAUAAUUUAAUAUUGAUAACAGGACUGGGUCAAAUAACGUCGUUCGAAGAGAUUUUCCAGGCUGACGACAAACGACCCUCCUCUUCUCAGCUGCGAACCGGUGGUGAGCACCUGUGCACAUCCAAUCAAGCCGAAUUCACUCGUGUUGCCGCAUAUAUCUCCGUUAACGCAAGCACCACGGUCAGCGAAACCUGUAGCGAAAGAAAGAGAAUGAGCAAGAGUAAGAAAGAAGAGAAAAGCUCGAGGCGACUAACGAGAGAGUAAGAAGACACCGCUUCUGCGGGCCCAGAGGCACCAGACACCGGCAAAUUGGGCCGACAUAUUUCAGCUCCCGAUCCAUUUGCAGUUUCGACGUAAAACCAGUCGUUGGAAUCCAGCCGCGGAUGCGAAAUUCUUACGAAACGCCUUAGGAACGAUUCUCCUGUUUUGGACGAAAAUGUCCCUCUCUUACCUGGACCCGCUUCACCAACGGAAAGCUGAUCUUUAUGAUGAGCAAUGAGCCUGAAGCGUGCACAUCGACACCGAAACCAGAUUUAUACCGUGAACGAUGAUGAUUCCCUUGCGGGUAAUCGCACCAAUUUACAGCUGUAACUUCGAGUUAAUCGUUUACAAACGUAUACAGCGUCUGUCAGAAAUAAUUUCAACUCUUAUUAAAAAAUGAAUUCAUUUAACUGACAAUCGAUUGCAAGAAAAUUUCAAGAAAAAAGUCCAACAUUUCAAUGGAGUAUAUUGUACAUGUAUCAGGUAGAACCCAACGUGCUCCUAAUCUAGCUUCAACGCCAUAAAAUCUCGUUCAAGCAUUUUCUUUUCCUCGAAUCACGCGAACACACCAUUGAAGCACGACAUAACGACCUAACUGGUGUAAUUACCAGCGAGAGAUGUUUGUGGUUACCGCGUGAAAGCAGAUGACACGUAAUAACGAGAUCUGUUUUCGCAGUAGAGAUACCAGGGGUUAGAGAUCCCUGAAGAACGGGGUGCAAACCAGCCGCUAUGGGACCACAUCAAGGCUGACCUAUGGAGUGUGACAUUGGUCCAUCUGUUGGUUUCGUAACACUAUUAAAUUCAACGUCAUCACGAUAAUAUAUUAACCAGAUCGCUGAUUAAUCAGCAAUAUCCCCUUUUUAACAUUCCAUCUUAAAUAUGCUUCUUGUCAUAUUAACCCUUUGACAAUCUAAAGCACGAUUCAAGCUUCAAAUUUAAUCUGAAAUUCGUUUCCUAUUUUUAUUUCUAAAUUUUAUAUUAUUUUUUUAGUAUUUGAAAUUUUGUCGUUUAGAAACUUAGAAGCUUAAUUUUAGUCAAUUGCUCACGAUUACUUCAACCAAUUUUUUUCUUUUACUCCUUGUCAAUCGUUUCGCGAUACCAUCAGCCACGCUCUUGUUUUGGUAAUUCAAUUAAAUUCACCGAUUAAGCGGGAUCUUUUGGUCGCGCAAUUAAGUUAGACCGCAUAAAUCCAUGAUGAAUCGUGAACUGCUUAAAACGCUCACCUGCCGCGAGCAACAUUGUUGGAAACGAGCCCGAUCAUUGUUCAGAUAUCGUUGGUGAAACCAGUGGGUAAUGCAAUGAAAUCGGAAUCUGGACGAUGGCCCUUUAAGGGGUUCGAGGGCUACAGGAAAAACGUCCAGAGAAAUCGAUGUUAUCCGUAUGUUGGACGGCUCUCGAAAGGACAAAAACCGAGAAUCCGACCGAAUACCUGUCCAACGAGCGUAGGUAGACAGCAGGAUCUUCUGUACAAGGAUCAACUUGCUACCUUGCUGGAUCAAGUGACUAAAAUGCAAUUAACGACAAUUAAGCUGACCCUUAAAUCGUUUCGAGACCUGUUUCUUUAUAUAAAAAGAUCCUUAAAAGGCAAAAUUUCAUUUUUAUAAAUGUUAUUACGCGUAGACCUCUCAUAUCUUAUCAAUUUUAACUUUAUACAAACUUUUUUUCUAUUACAAUUUCAAUUUAAAUUGAAAUAUUAAGAUUGACGAUAGAAAUGAAUCGAAAUUCAUAUUAAAUUUGUGAUUUAAUAUAAGACAGCAUGUUGAUACGUGGGCUGAAUCGAGAUUCAUCGUGUAAGAAAUAAAACUGUCUCGAUAAUUCCUGUCACGGUGAAUGUUUCGCAAUCGACGCUAAUUAAAAGCGAUUAAAAUCGGACGUAAUUGAAUAACGUGUUUUGGAUUUAUUGCGGAACAUGCGAUAAUUCGAUCAGAGAUGUCGAGAUUCUUUCCUCGAGGACGUGUAUCUUGUCUCUCGGCCGCGAAACACGGAGGCAACAGGUGCAAAAGUCACGAAAUUUAAAGGACCCAGAUCCUCUUCGUAUUGCUUGCACUUCUUCUUCGUUCGAGCCCCGAAAUUGCGGGUAGAGGAGAGGGUACGAAUAUGAAAUAUCCGUUUUAUUUUUCGAUGUACACAGUCUCAGGAUACUCGUAAAUAAAAAAAUCAAUACGUUGAGUAAUAAAUUAAAAAAUGUGCGCUGUACUUUCGUUGACCAACUAUGAAUAUUAUAAGCGUUAUGUUGCAUUAAUUAGCACAGUUUUGCUCGAUAAAUUGUAACACGAAAAUCGUGACGAACACAAGGCGGAUCAACUAACUAACAUUCCAAUUAAACUCGCUGCUUAUCAUGCAUUCAAUUAGUAUAACUCAUAUACGGCGUACCUAUAACGAAGGUGGCGGGCAGAAAAAGCUUCUUAGUCGUGAAGCCGAUACAUAAAAGCGAGCUUGUUCGUCGCGCGAACUCGAGGAAAGUAAAGGCGUUAAGGCGCGGACAAGAAGAGGGAAGGCACGUUGAAGAAAUAAAUGAGAAAGAAGGACGAGCCGAAGAGAGUGGCACCCGUUUUACUGUCCACAAGGCUCGUUACGAAUGCCCGAUGUACAAGACGAAAACAACCGGUCUUCUCUGCUUCUAACCGAUUGCGCGAUGGCGCGGAUUCGAGCCGCAAGGAUUGAUGUCUUCUUUUCGUUACGAGCAAUCGCGAUGUGCCUGAACGCUUUGCACCACCAGUAAUCAAUGAAAAACCAGUUUUUUUGGGAAAAUUGAAUUCUUCAGUUGAUAAAUUUCAAUUUAUUAACGCGUAUCUUUCUCAGUUCGUAACAUCUAUCAGAGAAAAAGUAUAUUUGCAAUGUUGUAUCACGACCGGUUAAUAGCUAUGAUUAUGAAGGUACCGAUCGUGAUUCGUUCGACGAUCUCAUGACAACAAGCACUAAGUCUUUCCAUCAACGAAUUAACAUGAAACCGAACUCCCAUAACUUCACUCACGUGCACUGCUUACAAAUGAUCGGUAACAAUUUUCCACCGGUUCGAUAGAAGAACAAACCGAUAAUUAGAGAUGCAUGCACGCGUACGUUCCCAUGAAACGUUCAAGGAGAUUCUCGCACGCAUAUGCACGAUUUUCGUAGCAACAAUGUUGCUACAACUCAUUGCAAGCAUCUUGAGAUACCUAUAAUUAUGAUAAUGAUAUCUUAUGAUUGAUUUGAACUCAUUUGGCGAAAGUGGAACGCGUUUAACCCAUUCAAGAAGCAAUUUUUUUUCUUCAAUUCUAAUUUAAAAAGUAAUCAAUCGGAAAAUGACUGAGAUUAGUACUAAAUAUAUAUUAUUUUUAAAGAAAUUUUUUUACAAUCCUUUGAUAGUUAAUUUGAUACUUAUAUUUAUGAGCGCGGUUUAUAGUAGUAAAUGAGUUAAUUUUCUUGUUCGGACGAAUUAAGAUACAUACUCGAACUCCGUUUAAAUAACAAAAUAAUAAUCUGAAAAAUAUUAUACCUUUAACUACGUUAAAGAUCUGCACCGGAAAGGUAUUAACAGGAUACGACUUCCGGUAUCGUUAAAAAAAUGACAAAAACGAAUUGAACGAAUCGUCGGCAAAGCUGUAAGAAAUGACAAGAAUGCGAAACAAGCAGCUAUUUAUAUUUCCUCGUAAAAAUUGCCUUCUAUAAAGCACAGUCAUAAAGCCGCGUUUCUCGCGGUAAUUAGCGCGAAAGUAUCGGCGCACCUAUGACAAUAAAUUCAAUUCCAGCGAUGUUGAGAGGCCACCGGAAAGAAAAACAAAGAAAUAGAAACGAAGAAGUCGAAAGAGAAACAGGUAUCUUGUGUUUAUUACUCGUACGUAUCAUCAAACAUUACAAAUCAUCAUUAAAAUAAAUAAAAAAAGUUACCAGAAAAUAUCUAUAAUCUAUUUAUGAAAAAACUGAAUAUUUCAGAAAUUCAAUUGCCGCCCUAAAAUUAUUUAUAACUUCUUUCUUUAAAAAAUGUAUGCGAUUGACUUCAGUCUAAAUAUCAUCCUAUGUAUCUUGGGUCCUAGGUGACCCAGACAUCGCCGGUUGAAGGUUAGACAUUGGAAAAUUUCUUUUGCAGAAUCUGGACGUGUUAUUUAUUAUCAAAAUCUAUCUAUUCUUUCGUUUAUUUCAUUCCAACAUCUCUUGUCCUACCCUCCAUUUCCUGGACCUUUCUUACUUUCUGUACCCUCUAUCCAAAAGUUCGAUUUCUUAAUUAACGGUGGACAUCCCGGCUGACAGAUCACGAGACCUGUUUCUUUAUCCACGGCCAGCUGCACGCUUCGCCACCUCCUGGAUAUUCCUACGUGUACCUUUUUGUCGGCCCUGUUAAGCGUAUCUACCCUCCGGAUAACGAAUUACUUCUUGAUUCCCGCUACCAAGCGGAUCCGUCUUUCAGGCACACGCAAACCAAGUAUGUAUAUAGGUAAUGUAACCUCGGUAUUUAGCAUUAUCGAGGAUUGCGUGACGAGCAUCGUGCAAAUAUGUUAAGCACAGAGCCGGUCUUUGCUCGCCUGCAAAGCUUGUACCAGUAUUACAAAGUUGCGAUGGGAAAAUUUAGUCAAUCGUGAAAUAUUCUUAACAAAUCUUCUUCUUCGCUAAAUAACAGUAAAAACCGUGUACAAAGCACGUUUGAAGUUAAAACAAAAGAUGAAUGAAAGUGACAAUUCUUCUCACACUAGCAGGCAUUGCGGCAAUUAAAAAGCAAUCAUGCGUGUCGAAUGGUCGCGACAAAGUUCCAAAUUCUCAUCGUUUCCGCGUCAGUUGACGAGGUUCCCUGUUCGGGAAUCAAGUUGGUGAAUUCCCGUGAGCGUGCAGAAUCCUUGACGAUUGGUUUUCGGCGACGAGGAAGAUCUUUGAGCGGGCAGAAGCGAGCUGACAAGAUAGUAGCGGUGCUCGGUUGGCUCGUUAAAAGGAACCGCGCGGUAUCUCAUUACAUUUUUGCCACGCCGCGUAAUAGCCUCUCGAUUUACACUCCGGCUCGAAGUAUACUCUUGAGACUGGUCGCCCGUUAGGUGGCAACCAAUCGAGCCGAUGAACGAAGGUAAACGUUCGUUCGUCGAGCGAAGCGUUAACCAGUAACCAGUCACUUCCACAGUAAUUACGGGGCUGGCUCGCGUUCGCGUUUUAUAGGCGAACCCUGCGACCAACACGGGACCAGACGACUCACUCAUUCGAUUAUUGCAUUACCCAUGCAUAGCCUUAGUCAAUACCAGCCCGAAGCUAACCGAACUCUAACCAAGUUGGCGAAUACGCCUCCAUCUAUCCUUUACACCCUUUUCUUUCAAUUUCAUCGAAUUUUUCAUCGCCAAUCAUUCGCGCCAAGAACGAUCGAUGAUAUGAAAUCUUGAAGAUGGUAAUCCUCAUCUUAUCACCACCGUCUGUGUUUCCUAAUUUUCGACUCGUUACACAUGUAGUAUGUACCAUAAUGAAAAUCAAGCGACCACGAUCUAAAGUAAUCAGGAGGAGAUAGUGUUAUCGAUGGUGUUUAAGUGAUUUGUGCAAUUAAGAAAUUAACAGAUAAUCGAGAAUCGAUCGUGAUCAGCAGACGAGAGAGUUGACGGGGACAAGAAUGGUGUACGGCGACUCUGGGUCCCAUGUGUCGGGCAUCUCGUAAUUGAUUGCUCCGUAAUUAGCCAGGCUUCUUUCCGUCCUUCAGUAGCAACAGGUGCAACCGGACUACAAAAAUGUAUUAAGAAAGAGGCAAACGCCUCCUAUAGCAAUUGAGAAUCAAGAUUACAGGGUAUGCAGCUCAUGAGUCGCCCUCGUUCUAACGAACACCCGGGCGACUAUGUCUUUUAACCCUUCUUUAAGGUCGUUUUUUAUUUGCCUUCGGGGCCCCGUUAUUGAAGACUGCCGGUUGCCUAGAAUUUAGCACGUGUCAAUUAACUUGCAAAUUCGAUUUAGACCUGGCACACGGUCAACUUGGAUUAUUUAUUAAGGCGGCUGUUGCUGCCAGGGGUUUCGCGAAGCUUUUUCAUCUUCAUAGAUCGAAAAUGAUCUCUAAAUCAUUGUUCUCUUCCUUCUUAAAUUUCUAGCCUGUGAUUAGUUUAUCAGAUAUGAACGUCUGAACGUUCGUUCGGUGUCCAUAAUCUGUUACAAAAUCAAACGUGACAAAUUUCAUACUAAUUACGAAACUCGCAAUCACAGGCGAUACAAAAUACAAUACUUUUCUCAUAUUUACUUCUUCCAGUAUCUUCUUCGUUCGUUAUUCCAACACGAAGGCUGAACUUCCGGUUUGUUGCGGUAAUAUAAACGCGUCUUUACGACGGUUAUCGCGCCAGAACGUUUAUCGUGCGGGUAAAAGGUUGCGAUAAUAAAACCGGCACGUCUGAUAAUGCUUAAGGCACCCUGCAUAGCUGUAAUUCGUCUUUUAAUCAGAAAUGAGAACCACGGUGUUAUUACAUUAACAUGGUAAUUACGAAGGUGCCGGCGGUGUGCAAUAAAGCGAUAAAAUACGAAUUCUAACCCGCUUUCGUUUUACCCGCGACACGUCGCGUCGCGUCGCGUCGCAUCGCGUCGCGUCGUCGGUCAACGUAGUUUCGCGUUUCAACUUCGUUAUUAUAGGCAGAUGUUAAACGACCUCCACCUUGAAACACCCCCUUCUUAUCUCUUCUUCUUUGAUAUACAGGGUGGUUUUUAUUAUUCUCUUUUACGAUCAUUUCGAUGAUAUAGUCCCGACGAUCUCAGACAUUUUAGGAAGGGCCCAGUUAAUUUUGUGCCACAAAUUGAUUCUUAUUUUUAGUAUCACUCUUUUAACCUCUUAAAUGAGCCACUUUUUAGGCGAAUAAGUAUAAUUGAUCUUAUAUGCGCUUUUGAUCUUUAUUUUUAUUGCCCACAUAUGGGGACCUUUUUCAUGCGAAAAGAUGUCUAUGAUAGAAUGUCAUUUCUUGGUAAUGCAAGUGCAAUAAUAUCGUUGCUAUUUCAGAUUUUUAAGAUGAUAACGAAUGAUAGACUUGCACCAUUAUUAGAUUUUCUAUGUGUGUUCACUUGAUCGAAAUAAUCUCGUUACUUUAGAGUGACUUUUUGAAAGGAUCUCGUUAAAAAAGCAACGUUUGCAGCAAUAUUCAGCUGUCCAUUUUAGGAACACCCAGUAUGCCCUCCUAAUUCCAAACCGAGGGAUUCUUAAUGAAUUUUUGCGUUGAAGAGAAGCAACACGAUAAUACGGUCAGAUAGAUAAUUGGGGUAGAUCGAGCCUGGCGCGUACACUACGACUUGAUUCGCCGUGGCACGCCCAUGCUUGGCAGAAAUUUCAUUUGCCCUCUCGUUUUUUUUUCUUCUUCUUUUAUCUGAGAGAUCUUGAACGAUGCUUCGCGACAGAACGACCCUACUUUUACUGAGAACGGGUAACUUGUCACUGCGAAGCUCUUUUUUUUGUUAACGUUGAUGUUCAUAAGUACGCUUGUCCCAUCUUUAAAGACAUUUCAUUCUUAUCACUGAUCGAAACUCUUAAUUUUAUUGUUCAUUAAUAAUAAUGUUAUGUUUACGAACAAUAAAUCAGUAAUGUAAUUCAGAUUUAAUCUAAAAUGAGAAAGUGUUCGUGAGCGUGAAUCUCUUAGAAUCUGUUUCAAUUAAUGAAAUUAAUGAAAGUUCAAGGUGUUAUCAUAGAAUUUUUGAAUCUGUUUCUAAACGUUUGCAACAAACUGUCCCACCGUCGCAGCGUUGUAGAAUUUGGUGGUCGAAUGUUAAAGUAAAGAAAUAAGAAAGUGAAAAAGAGGUGCCGGUUUUGUUGCCAAUUAUCGGCUGGGUGCCAGAAAACAGAGGUAAAAACCAUCGUCGAGAAAGGCGCUGGAGCUCGCAACUAAGGUUCCAUCAGAAUUGUUGAAAGGUCGAACGAAACGCAUUUAUCGUGCGAAAUUACAUCGUUGAUACCUCGUUGCUUGUUGGCCGGGUGUCAAAAUACACUGUGGCUUGCCUAAGGACAGAAAAUAAAAAUGAGCAACGAGUCAGCAUCCUCGAGAUUCCUUGUUCCUUCGUACUACGUGCUUCGAAUCGAUAAAAAGUAUACCUAGUAUCCCGAUUCAAAAAUAUUUCAAAUUAGGUAAUUAGGUCUUUUUUAGCUAAUAGAUUGUGAAUUUCGAAUCGUUCGUACCUGUUCUGAUAGAAUUCCUGAAAAUUUCUAACGAAUCACAUUUUUAUUGUUCGAUCUACAAGCAAUAAAAAUGUCUUCUUAAAUAAUCAUCCGCGUUAUUUAAUAUGAAUAGAAAAUUAGACCACAAGUCAAUUCUGAAUGUGUUAUCCAUCGAGAUGAAAAAAAGAUUGUGUAAGUUGUUAUUGGCCGUAUCUAAUGGCGGGUCUAAUUUAGCAUCUUUUCGGCAACCACGAAGGGUUCUUAAUGACUUUGACCAGGGUGCAACAAUUUUUCAGCUGGACCGGUUGACAGACCGCGACAAAAGUGUCUUUUUCGUGCAGCUGCAGCCGUCCGCCACAGUAUCUAAGAAAAGAUAUUAUUUUUGAAAAAUGCCUUUCUUUUAAUGUUAUGAAAAUAUCUAAGUAAUUUAUGACAUAAAGAAUAGACAUUUUAUUUCACCGUAGAAAGGUUAAUCAUCCCCCGUUAAGAAUCAUGAUUCUUAAUUAGAAUGUAAUUUACAAUUGUUCUACUAUCAAAGGAUUAAUAUUCUUUCGAAAGAAUGUGUUUCAAAAAUAACCAUAAGAACGACUACGAAAAUUACUUCCGUGGUAAAAAGAAGGAAUGUGAAAGAGUAGCGCGUGAAACCUUAUGGCAGCCGGAAUUAAUGAGCAGCAACAGUACCCGAGCAAAACCAAAGUUCAGAUUACAUAGUCGAGUAAUAAUGAUUGAUGCACCCUGAGAAUUAACUACUAGCUCGUCAUAUAACCAACCACGCGGAUUUCUUGUAAUUCGCUCCAUUUCCUUGCGCUAUCGUUUCUAUUAUAAUUGCUCUGUAACCUUGAAGGAAUUAAACAGCGUUUAUAGCACCGAAUGCAAUCAAUUCCUUUAUCCAACAAUCCUUCUAUCGUGUGCGAUCGAGCAACGGUCGAUUACACGUGUAAUAAUAAGUUGAAAAUAUAAAAUAAAAUUUUUUCCUAUAUUGCUUCGUUUCCGAGAUAAUGAAAUUUGAACGUUUCGCUUUUUUUCAUUUUGUAUCGAGGAUGAAGUAUCUUGUCAAAAAUUCACAAACUUUUAUUCUUUCAUUGAAUGCAGCUGACACGUAAAUUGGGGUUGGGAACUUUACUACCACCGGAUAAUUUGCACCGAGGAAGGGUUUAGGAAACAAUUUCGAAUGUAUGUAUAACAAAGUUGCAAAAUAUGGGGAGGCCGAAGUACCGCCCAUUAUUGGCACCUGCUCGGGUAAUAAAGCAAUUGCUGGUGAUUAUCGAAAUUCAUGUUUCGCACAGUUAUGCCCCGAGCUAAGCUUUCCACGAAUCCAAAAUCUUGGAAACUGAACCAUCAUCUUUUUUCCUUUUUUCAGGGAUUUCAUAAAAAUAUUACAAAUUGAUUUCGAUAUCAAUUCAAAGUAUUACGAUUAUUUUGUAUGCAACGAAACUCAAAUUUAUGAUUAUUAAUCAUUAUAAAUUAGGUCUUGUAAAGAAUUUCUAUUACAUUAUCGCUUUUUUUAUUGUAACCGCAUCAUACAUUAAUAUCGAGCAGAAAAUUGAAAAAGAUGGAUGUGCCCGGUUCACUCGUCAAAGUCUUAAAUAGUUGACCCUCCAUUGUACACCCAUAGAGGAAACGAUGAGUGCUACGUGGAAAUGGUCGUUGUUGGCUCGAACGUCGAUCAUUCGUCGGAUUACGCAUGUCCUAGCAGCUGCGCAUCCUUCCUGGGCGUUCCAAACUGCCACCAAUCGGUGAAACCCUCUAAUAUCAAGCAUCCGGUGAAACAACCAAUAGGGACAGCCCGUUGUAUCAGCGAGGGUGUCAUCCACCAGUUGGACUACGCGAUAUUAUCAUUCCCGUUCGACGAGAGAGUAAGAGGAAUUGAAAUGUAAGAGAAGGAGAGAAUUGAAGAAGGGUUGUGGUCAUCGAUCCUGGCAAGUGUCUGGGAAUCGACACUACCCCUCGGGCAUCGAUCUGGAUGCUAAGCUUACUGGCUGAUGGGGUAAGCAAGCGGAAAAGCAUAAGCUCGAAGUAACAAUUUAAUCCUUCUCUCCGUAUCCGUUCGCUCCAACUUGCUAAUCCUUCGAAUAGUUCCUGCAGGAUCUGUGGAGAACGAUAUUGAGCUGAAUUCUCGAUAGAAUUACAAUCCAUGGAAUAGUAAAAAAUUAGACAUUUCAUUAUAAUAUAUAAACCAUUAUCGACAGACAGAGAUGAUCAUCGUGAAAGACUUAAUAUAGAUUGUCAAAUUUCGUCGUUUAUUUUUUUUUUUUUAAAUCAACCCUUAUUUUUUUCUGUCGAGUAGAUGGUACGAUAGGCGAACCCAGCCAUCAGAAGUUAAAAUUUUUCGAACAGUCCACAGAAGAGGCGUUCCAAUACACCGAUAAAAAAGCAAGCUGCACGAUGAUAAAGCUUCAAGAUAGAUUAAGUCGUAGGGACUCGUUUGCGAAUCUUUUACUAACUUACGUAUGGUAAUCGUACCGCCCUGAUUGUUUCAUCAAAAUCGCACGAACACCUUGCACCAGGACUUUCUUCUCUUUUUUUAUUUACUCGAUUUCUCUGCACGUCACGAUUCUCUCUAGUUUCGGGCGAGUUCGUUUGCAAAAUUAACGUUUGAUCACGGCAGUCCCGUGAAAUUCUCCUGGCCAUAAAAAAAUUGACUCCGAGAGCGUAAAAAAUAAUAGGAAACCCCAGGGUCCUAAUAUCGUUUGGUGGUUACUCGAAGCAGCAGCUGCAUGUUUUCGACAAAAUUGCCGUCGAUGAAAUUGCAUCGAGAAAAUAGGAGUCUUUCUUACAAGACUAUCCUCCCCUUCUUCUUCUUCUUCUACUUCUAUUUUCUUCUUUCCAUUCUUCUUAUUCUUUUGCUCCCUUUUCUUCUUAAGUAGCCGAUAGUUCUAACCGGUUUUUAUUUGCAGGUCGUAUCCUUUUAUUCUUGUUCCGCUGUUGUCCUAUUCUUUCUUUUUCGAUGCAUCCUCGAGCAGGAUACUUUUUCACGCCUGCUCGAAUAGAACGAAUCGUUUGCAAAUUGACCUAAACCAGGUCAGUUUUACUACACGCGCCUGUUCGAUACGAGAAAGCAAAUUGAGCCAUCUUGAUGUCUGUUUCGUCGAAUAGAAUUGAAUGGAGAAAAUUCCAUUGCAAUUAUCGUUUUCCUAAUUAUACCGAUAUCCUUCUUAUUGUACCCAAGCCAAUACGGAUGUAUAAAAUAACUAUGUAAUAAAAAUAAAAUUAUUUAAUUCUAAAAAUAGUAACGGUCAGGAAAUGACGAGGGUGUUGUGCGAAUUUGAAAGGCGGGCCAACGUGGAUUAACCCUCAAAAUUGUUCACCUGUCCUUAUUUCCGCGAUGAGACACGGUUACGAAAGGCAGGACACAAACGUUCUCUUGUAAUCUUACCGGUGUCCCCUGGCGACUCGCACAGGGCAUAGAUUAAUCUAUUCGAACCAGCUGAUCCUCGUCUCGUUAGAGGUUGUUCCGCUGUUAUUACAAGCCUACCCUUCGGUUGCCGAUGCGUACGAUCUGAUAAAAACACACCACGCAAUUUUUACCCUAGCUUCAACUACACUCCACUUUACGUGGGAAUCGUUGGUCAAAUUUGGAAACGAUAAAACCUCGUUUUGACGAUGUCAAAAUUCGUUGGUACUCGAUUAAACAUUUUAUUCAAUUGUUCAUGCGAAGCUGGUAACUGUGCAGUGUAAUCGAAAUAUUUAAAGCUGAAACUGGAACACGAAGUUCAGAACUCGUCAUCAGGCAUACCACCUCGUUUGGGUGAACCGCAACGUGUUGGUAAGAUCGGUGAUGAUCCGUGAAGAAGCGCAACCUGCACCGGUAAAAGGACAAAAGGAAAAGAGACGGGUUUUGUGGUCUAUCAGUCAAAAGUCGAGAACUCCGACAAUUGCUCUAUAGGGGGUCGUUACUGGCGCCAAGGGUACACCCAGCCUGUUUGUUCUCUUGUUUAUUUGUCAUCGAGCCACCGAUCCAUUAAAUAACACCAUACGCCGGAUAAGAAUUAUGGACAUCGUUAAGGUUCGUCGAGCGUGUUCCUCUGGCAAAUGGUGUAAACGGUUUUGUAAAUCUCUAUACUCACGGUGCAACGUAGAUUUUCUUCUUCAACGAAGAACAUAAUUAUAUUUUAUGCAAUCUCAUUAGCAUAUCUACAACUAAAUCUCUCGACUGAACUGUUUCGAAAACCAUCGAGAAAGCUCGGCAAACUAAUAGAACAAGUUAAACUGUUCAAUAGUAAAUUUAUCGGGGUAUCACAGGUAAAAAUGUCCGUCUGUGUACGCACCUGUUCGCGUAGAAUAAUUUAGAAGGUGGCAUGCCUUUGGUAAAAGCUCGACCAGGCACGAUGGGUAUCAAAAGGCCAGGAGACGAAAGUUAUCGCGAUAACCGGCCAGAUAGAGAACGGCCAAGAACCAUCGAGCCGAUUUUUAUCUUCUAAAUCGUCCCUUCGAGGCAGCCUCUGAUGUCUUGCGGUUGAAAAACGGUAGCGACCAUGCUAAAGAGAGUAACAGACUCGCGAUCGAGCCGUUUUCAACCUAGUGACUUAUUGCGCGCGUGUCUAUGUGGCACGCUGCGUUGCCUUUUUAUCGAAUCCAUCGAACGGCUUUAAUUACCGCCGGUUAUAAAUUUCUUUGCGACGUCCUGCCGCUUUUCUAUCGGAUCUCUACGGCCCUUCUUCAGGAAUUCAGCCUUUGACGUCUCGUUUAACGCUGACGGGCGGUCUUGAGAAAGAUGUUUGUGGUUUUAAAGGUAUUUCCUAGAGAGGUCACUAGAAUUUCAAUGAUUUAUAUCUCACUUGAUCUUAUUGAGUUUAUUGUCACCUACUAAUAGACUUUACUCAAGUGCCAGUAAAAGGCAGUACCAAAUAGAUCAUCAGAAAUCACGAUUAAACGCUUUUUAUCCGUUCGCGUGUAACGAACCAAAUGAGUCAUCAAAGAAACCAUAGGACAAAGAAGGGCAAAACUCGAGGAAUGCAAAAACGGACGGUUUAAUGUUCACGCAUGUGCCGACAAAUUAUUAUUUCCGUGUCUGGAUGACUGAUGGAUUCUUUCGGAUCGCAGCACCGACCUUCGUGAUCAAAAGCAACCCGACGAUUCGCGGACACGCGUCCACCGUUUAACCCACAAGGUUUAAUUCGAUGGUCCAGCCAGAAAAUAUCGGUUCCAGGUUCUAUAUAAUUGUACUGUUGCGCAAGAAUCCAGAAAACGUUGGAUCGUUCGCUUCAAGGAUAAAAGUCGCAAUCGCGCAUCUUCGAUUUUCCUGGAACACACAGGAGGAUCGUCUUCGUGGAGCGUACUCGCGUGCCGCGACUGGAACGAUUACAUCUACCUCAAACGUUAAAUGGUAUUACACAACUCUGAAAUUCAGUUUUCGAAUAAUUUCUAGCAGCCUCUCACAAUUGCUGGAGCCAUAAUUCCUGCUGGACGAAACCGUCCUUUCCUUCUGUUGACGUGACCUAAAUUUAAAGUUAAAAAUUUAAUUUUACAAAAUUCUAGAUCAGUUUAUUCUGUAACGCCAUACAGUUACAAUUUGAUCGAAUAAAAUAGAAAUGGCGAAUCAAAGUCGCGUGAGCGUGAAGAAAAGUUUUCAGGCGUUAAAAAACUUUCGACAUGCCGCAAUACGUCCACUCUUAGAAAGUAUAAUUGUCACGCACGAAAUCAUGGAUGUACAUAUGUACGUAAAAAUAAAGACCGUUGAAAAAUAAAGGAAAAGAAAGCAUGCUUGCGUUCUGAAUCGCAAACGCGAAGGCACGAAAGUAAUUGUCGUGGUAUGAGACGAAGAAAUUAAUUGAUCGCCAGAUUGCAGUUCGGUUAAUUUCAGCGGGUUUGAAGGAAAAUUUUCAUCGUAAAGUUUUCAAAGGUAAGUGCAAUUCUGCAACUUCAAUGCAAACGAAAUUAAGCCAUUUCAAGUUAAGAUUUUAUUAUCUAUAACACGAUUCUUUACAAUCAAAUUCCUCUUAUACCUUCAAUAUUGUUACUUGCAUUACAAUUUUUAGUUUUUCUAUUAUUUGAUACGUUCUUCAAUAUUUCAGAGCUGAAAUUCCCAAGGAACCCUAGGUAAUUAUGAACGAAUAAAUGAUAAUACUUAUCAGUAUUAAAAAAAAUAUAGAUUUAAAAUGUUCCGAGUGCCGAUUCUCCUAAUGUUAAGAAAGGGAAAAUUGAAUUGAUGGAGAGAGGGUUAUCAGUUCGGAAGAGGCCACAUCCGUGGGCAAGAUGGGCCAUAGGGGCAGCCCCGACCCAACGUUCAGCACGCGACUCCACGCUACCGUCACCUUCUCCCCUCUUCAACAACCCGGCCAGGACUCGCUCGUUCCACGCAUACGUAGGCGUUUCUGCAUGAACAGGCAUCAGGAGCGAAGCGUGGAUCGCUCGUGGCACCAUAGUACGGGGGGAGAGACCGAAACGAAAGCAAAGCCCGUAACCCCCGUUCAGACACAUCCUGUCCUCCGCAUCGUUCACAUCAGUUGGUCCUGGUCAUCAUCAGUUUCUUCUCUUCCUCACCCUUCUCGCUUUUCUCUUCGACCUUUUGCUACCUGUUCGUCUCCGUUCCUCCUCUUAUUCCCCUCUUCAUUCUCAUUCCAUCUCCCUCUCCUACCUCUUCUCUACAUCUAUCUUUGUUCGACUUAUUCCGCUUCUUGCCUGCUGUUUUCACUCCCUCCUUCCGCGACGCGUUCAGCGGCCAACCGCAGUCGUCCAGCGCGGACCUGCCACUCCGACGGCUACCAGGAGUAGCUGCACGCGCGCACGAGGUGCCCGGAGGAGGUCCAGGAAGACACGCCGAGCCGAGCGGUACCCACUGACACCGUGUGAAGUGAAGUUAAACGGUUCCAGUAUGAUCUCGCGAGCCUAGUUGAACAUUCGAAGCGAUCAUUACUGAAAAUUCAACGGUAUGCUAAUCGAAGAUUCGACGCGGUGCCAGGUGAACAUUCCACGGGAGUUUCGCUAAAGAUUCUAGAUGAACGUUGCUGAAAAUCCCAUGCGAUGAUAGCUGAAGAUUCUACGCGAUCUUAGCUGAAAAAUUGUACGGGCUCUUAAUUGGAAAUUUUAUGAAAUUGUAGCUGAAAAUUUCGAACAAUGCUAGCUGAAAAUUGUACACCAUCAUGUUGAUGAUUUCAUGCAAUGUUAGUUGAAAAUUCUGCGCGAUCCUGCGUCCACACAGAGGAUUUCUUUCGAUGACAGCCGAGAUUUUCGGCGGAAAAGGAGGACCACCAUCGGUGAGAUUGAUCGAUACCCAUGGACAUUAUUGGUUUAUGAUCAAUCGGAAGUGGCGGAGAUAUUAGUGAAUCCCUCGAUGAUAAAUUUUUGAAUCUUGACUUUCAAUGCUGAUAAGACUGUGUUGGUGUUUCGAAUGAUCUUCUGCAGUCGAUCUUUAAGAUUUUCUUGUAAACGUCUGAAACGAAUGAUGAAGAAUAGAAGAGAAAUGACACGAUGAUACCUAGAAUAAUCUACCUAAAAUAUCUACGUUGAACGUGACAUUUAAUGAAUGUACUAUGAACGAAUCACGCUGAUCAGUCAUUGAAGAUCUGUUUUUUGACAGCGCAUUCGAGAGAAACUUCUCGUGACUGUCAUACAUACAUCGUGGGUGUAUCAUUACAGAGUCGGGUUUCUCCUCGGACAUCACCGUUGAAGCAGAAUCCUGUAAAAGUGUCACGGGAGAUCGUGUCUAGCUCGCGAAAAAUAUGGUGUCGUUAGAGAUUAAAUGGACUGCUGGUUAGAAGAGCUUUGAAGAGUUUUCCUGACUGGUUUCAAAAACGAGAGGAAUCUACGAGUAGAGGAUCGACUUCUGCUGGGAGAAAAAUCAACAGAUCUGUCACGGGGAAUCUCUGGAUCAAUAUGCCUCAUACAGGUCAAGCGGGAGUUAAUCAAUUGGGUGGUGUCUUUGUUAACGGCAGGCCAUUGCCCGAUUGUGUUCGACAAAGAAUCGUACAACUCGCUUUGGUCGGUGUUAGACCUUGCGAUAUAUCGCGACAACUACUCGUUUCUCACGGAUGUGUCUCGAAAAUUCUGACAAGAUUUUAUGAAACAGGAAGCAUCCGACCUGGAAGCAUCGGGGGAAGCAAAACGAAACAAGUGGCAACCCCGACAGUAGUCAAAAAGAUUCUACGAAUGAAGCAAGAGCAACCAACGAUGUUUGCCUGGGAAAUUCGUGAACAACUUGCCCGCCAAGGAGCUUGCGAUCCUCAAAGCUUACCAUCCGUUUCCUCUGUAAAUCGAAUUCUUCGGGGUGGAGGACUUCAUACUGAUCACACAGGGAUCGAGAGUGGUUCAUCGAGCACUUACCCUUCGCAAGUUUCUCCAAACGUCUCCAAUAGAGAUGCGAUCAUAAGAACGGAUUACCAACUAUUUUAUCCUGGAAAUCUGGGACCAUUACACAUUUCCACAACUUCCGGCAACACUAGCACAGCAUCGUGGACUCCAAGUUUAUAUUCAUCCCUUUAUCAAGCAACAACUCUGCACUUGCAUCACGGAAUGCAUGCUUUCACAUCGUUAGAUGUAGAUCGUCUGUCAGAACAAAACGGAUCAACAAAUCAGGUGGAUUUAAAAUCCAGCUCCAGUUCCAUGGCGGGAAGCGACGAUUCCCUGGAUAAAAGUGAUCUGGACGAAAACACAGAGUCCCAGGACCAUUAUAAACCAUUUCAAAAUUCACCAAUCAUUCUGGAGUUAGGUCAAAAAAUCGGAAGCGAUCGUAGCGCCUUCGUGAGACACAGCACAUCCGGUUCAUCCGGAAGCUUCGAGGCUCGACAGAGUCCAUCUCCGACAACCAGUCAGAAACAGAACGCCUCAUCACCACGGAUGUUGGAAACCGGAAACGAACGGAGCAGCAUGGCCAAAGAAGCAACGAUCGAUGGAAGACCGAUGCAACCUCAGAGAAAAAGGAAUCCUUAUUCGAUAGAGGAAUUAUUGAAGAAAGAUGAAGAUAAAAGCGCCUCAAAGAGGCCAAAAUUGACCAACAUCGGAGUAGUACAGCCGUGCGGAACCAUCCUGAAUAAAGAAAUUUAAAGUACUUACGAGGAAUGGAAAGAAAUGGAGGGAGAAA